GGGCGGAGAAAUUUGGAAAGAUUCAGGAGGUUACGCGUGUGCAGGUGACGAGUUGUGAGAACUGUAUAUAUGAUGAUACGGCGCGGUUCAGCAGGAUUGGGCAAGGUGAAGGGAAUUGAUAGGAAUUGUCCUGUUGGAAGUUGGAAGUGUUCAGAUCAGGCAGGUCCUUCCUCCCCGUGUGCUAAACUCUGUCACGCGCACUCUGUAGAAAUGCACAAUGUUUUUAGGAUCAGUGCAGCCCUCCACUAAGAGUGUGAAACUCAGCGCCUC